AUGAGUUGGCGUCUGAAAUUCGAACUUUCACAUCCAGUCGUACAAAAAUAUUUGCUUCAGAUGGCUUCUGCUCUACCAAAAUGCAAAUUUGGAGCACGUUGUUAUCGUAGGAAAUACCCAAAGCAUAUGGCAGCAUUUUCUCAUGAUGGUAUCGUUUUUCCUGAUGAUCCAACUCCGGCCGCCGACUUAUCCGACCAGGCGGAAUCCAAUGAUAAAACUGAUGGUGAACCAGAGCCGACGAAACGAUCAAAGAUGGAAAUGUCAUCUUUGACCUUCGAAGAAUUGAAGGCAGAUAUCGGGGCAAAGUUCUUGGUCUCAUUCACUUCGGAAUUAUUUCGUUUUUGGGGAAAUGUGCUAGUUAUUGGCGAUAACAUGGGCGUUGAAAAUACUUGCGAGGUGUUCGACGAAAUAAAAGGUCUUCGUUUGGUUGGUGUUUUCGACUAUAUCUCCAGAAAGUGUGAACAGCAACGUACGAAUACGAAUGGAGUGGCGAAAGAUGAUGAAAGUUAUCUUGUGAAGGAUCGUUUCGAUACAGAUCUACCAAAUAUGCAAACAAUUGCCAUCUACAACGAGGGUCGUUUCGUCUACUGGCGUUUUAGUGAUACACCAAGUGAUGCUCAACCGUUAUUGGUUCACGUGAAACGAAAAGAUAAACAUUUUCCUAAAUUGGAAAUUGUCGGCUCUGAUGACCCGACACAUAUGAUUGCAUUCCUCAAGAAAACGUUCGGUCAUGAUACGAUGCCCAAAAUUGAUGAUUAUCUUGCUCAACUAACUGGUUUUCGCGAUAUGCAUAAAAAAUUCGACGUUGAAGGUUACCUCGAGAAAUAUGAUGGUAUAGUGAAGAAGUUACGUAAAGAACGUUCUGAAAGAGCGAAUGGCAAUGCAUCGCAUGGCUUAGGAGUUGUUGUCGAUGAAAAGUAUAACGAUCGUUCGAAAUACGUGCAACUGCAACCAUUUUUGGAUGAUGUAGUUAAGGAUAAAAGACGGCUACUAACACUUAUGGAAUAUGUUGAGGAGAGUUUAAAGGAGAAAAGCAGUAUUGGUAUGGCGAUGGAAUAUGGACAAGAAAUGUUCAUGUCGAAUAAUAGCUUAUUUGAUGAAUUCGCGCUUACUACGUUAUGUAAAGUGUAUGGUGCACUUAAAAUGCAAGUAUUCCAGACUAUUCUCAAGGAACACAUGAAGGUCAGACGUAACCUGUUGAAACAGAUUGAAGAAAGCGCCUAA